AUGCUAAUGCAACUUUAUAAUUAGGCAGAGUAGUCGAAUUUUCCAUUAAGGAGUUCUUAGAGAAAUAAUAAAAAGUUGAAAUCACGAAGCAGCCCUUCUUAAAAAGAAAAUUUUAUUUCGAAAAUUGCUCCAAUCAAAAUAGAGACUCAGAAGUCAAAAAAUAAAUCACCUCGUUUUCGAAAUAAAGAUUAUCACAAAACAACCUUAUCUAAAUCAUGGUAAGUUUCUCCUAUCAGACAAAACUUGGCGAUACUAUAAAAAGGUGUCAUUAAUGAAUCCUAACCGAAUAUAUAGACCAACCAUCUAGAAGGAUAAAAGGAAGAAACCCUAUCGUUUUCAAAUAAAUCUCCAAAAAGAAUAGACAAUUUGGCUGUCAUUAAAUCUAAAGAUAUCGCCAAAGAGCAGGAAAUAUUACUAAAAGAAGAUCUUAAGGCUCCAAAGAGGUUGCUUACUUAGAGCCUUGAUAAAACUUAAAGAAUUGAACAUUAAUGCUAAAAUCCUCAAAAGUAAAUAUUCUCCAAAAAACCAUAUCAAAAACCAAAUUCUUAGGAGUUUAUUCAUUCUGUAAAAUUGAAUCAUUUAGAGAAAGUGAGACAAUACUUGGAAAAGAAUAAAUACAUAGUUUUUGAUUUUUAUAACCUUGAUAUAACAGCUCUGCAUUGGUCCAGCAAAAAGGGAUUUGAUGAAAUGACUGAAUUUCUAAUAAAAAAUCAUGCAGAUGUUGAUGCAAUUGAUAUUUUGAAUAGAACUCCACUUUACUUAGCAAUUCAAGAAAAUAAUAUUCCAAUUAUGGAAGUAGAACUUUAUCAAUUAAUUUUAACUAUUAUUAAGGCAUAAGGCUUAUCCUUGGUCGACUUCGAUGACAGAUUUGAAUGA